AAUCAAUCAAUCUAUCCAUUAACAAAAGUUAUUUCCAGUGGUGACACAAUGAUUACUAUGCCAAGUUUCAUCUGCCUCCUUUUGACUGCGGCGGUUUUAGUUGAUAUGGCCGAGGCAUCCAAGCCUUGUAAAGGAGAGUGGGAACUUAUCUUUCAUGCGUCGAGUGGAAACGGACAAAACGUUUACAGGACUUGGAAGACAAAAUACAAUAAAUGUGACAUAUUCAACCAAGUCUGCCCGUGUCCCAUUCAUAAGGGAUGCCUUCCUUCAAACUUCCAACCUGAAAAAUACACUAAUCCCCCUAGAAAAAUUUUGAGAAGUCCAUUUAUCGAUUUCUGGAGUUGUCUCAAUAUUCGAAAGGUAAGGUUUGAGCUAAACACUCGAGGGAAAACAGUGGCAUUUAUCGAAUUUGAUGGAAAAGGCUCAAAUUACUUGAAUUGGUUUGACAACGGGAGGAUUUUGAAAACAAGUUGGACAGACAUGCACAAAGGGGGAAGCUACAACAUCUUUUCAAUUGACAAAGCGACCAGCUAUAGUAGAAGUUUCUAUAUUAACAAGAGACAUGGGGGCUGCAAUAGUGAUAAAGGCUGGUUUGUUGUGUCUGAAGUACCCGGAACUAAACAUUGUGGGUGGGAGAAACGGAAACCAUACCCCCAGUUCCUGUAUAGCAAAAAUGGGAAAGUGAUGAGAUGGAAUCAGAGGAGUAAGUUAAUGAAUCUCAAACGCUUUGUAUUCUCUCAGUGUCAUUUUGUAAUAAGGCCACUUAUGACAUUCAUGAAGGUUUUGUACAAAGAGACAAGUAAUAAAACUCCAUUUUAUAUACUGAAGCAAUGACUGUAUUAA